CCUGAGAAACACAUUCUGAUCUCGUAAUUACCUUCUUCUGAAAUCUUUUGAAAUUUAUAUAUUUUGUGCCUUUAUUAUGCAUUUAGUUAGUCUGGAAUAGAAUAUACAAGGGCAGGUAUUUUCAAUCUAAAGUAGACAGCCCCUCCCCCUAGCCCUAAACUUUACCUUCACUUUCUUAUCCAGGUGAUGAGGCUCAAGUUCAAGUCACAGAAUGAGCUCUGCUAAGAAGACUUGGAUAAUUUCAGAUUUGUAUAAACUAGUGCGACUAGUUAAAUAUCCUUCAGUAAACUAGCCACAUUUUUCGUUAAGUCCUAGAAACUCCCCCCACCUUACAAUAAGAAACAAAGAUGGCAGAAGUUUCUCCUUGGCGUGUCUUCAUGACCAACCUGUGUCAAGAAAUGACAAAAGAUGAUUUAGAGUCAGCCCUUAUACUGGUAAAGGACAUGAUAGGGGAUCACACCUAUGAAUGCAUCUCAAGGACAAAGUCGGCAAAAGAAUUCUUAGAUGCCCUUGAGAAGAUCGAUCUGAUAGGAGAGGACAAGAUUGACUCUCUUCGAACACUCUUGGAGUUGAUACCAAUGAAAGAUUUCAUAGACAACUUGGAAGCUUACAGAGAAGAGUGGGAAGAAAGAAGGGCAGCAUCGGGGAUCUAUGGACGAGAUCCCAGUUUUGUCGGACGUGUGACAGAGAUAGCAAGGCUGGUCAAAGAGCUUGGGAAGACCAGUCGUAACGUACAGCUAGUCUGCCUGACAGGCAUCGCAGGGAUGGGGAAGACGGGCCUGGCUAGGGAAGCCUGUUACAGGCUACAGAGGAGGGUGUUCUUCAUUAACCUGAGGGAUAAGGGGAACAUGCAGGAUGUGUUUAUGACAGUAGCCGCUGCGCUGGAACUGCGUCCGGACCUCCAGGAGGGGAACUUGAACGACUGGAUUAUGGUGCUGAAGGACUGGAUACUAGCAUGUGAGGAAGAUGUGACCAUAUUUCUGGACAAUGUUGAUGACCUCCUAGAGCCUGGGUCAUCUCGCAUGCCAAACAUCAACCGACAAAACUUCCUCAACUUUCUCAGUGAAGUUCUCAAGAUCAAGAACAAGCACGUCAAGAUCCUCCUGACGUCUCGCUACAAACUCAAGAUGGAGGAAUACAACGGUGAUGUUGUAGAGAUCACGUUAACGAGGCUGGACACUGAGGACGGGGUGAGGUUACUGAAGAAGUGUGCAGGGCUUGUUGGUGAAGGCAUGGAUGAUGAGGAGUGUAACAACAUUGUGGAGGGAUGCGGCCAUUCUCCACUUGCAAUCCGUGUGAUCGCGAGACAUCUGAAGGACGGUCGCAUCAGCCCCGCGGAGGCUCUAAGCCAGCUGGUCACUAAGGGAAGGAAAACGCAGCAAGCCCUGCGACCCUCGGCGGUGAGCGAAGAAGAAAACAUCUUUGACUGCUUGAGGAUAACCUUUGAUGCCUUACCCGACAAACUUAAGAACAUCCUGGUUAGUUUGUCUGUCUUUCAAGGAUCCUUCACGUGCGACACAGCGAACGAAAUCCUCGGAUCUUCCUCGAGACUCAACACCGAGCUUGACCUUGAGUUUGUUCAAGACAGGAACCUUCUUGAGUACGACUACAUUAACGACCGAUAUGACCUUCACACGCUGGUACGGGUCUUUCUGUCCAAAGGUCAUAAAGGGUCAGAGACAUUGACAAAGGCACGCACAGAAGCAGAGAAGCGGUUCUUACAGUACUACAGUGUGCUCGCCCAAAAUCUGUCCAAGGAGAGCACCUCUAAGUUCUUUGCAGCAUUUAGUCGAUUUGAAGAAGAGAGAGCAAACUUCCACUACUACAUAGAACUCUCAGCCACCAAAGGGGAAGUUGUUGACUUUGAGUCCAAGUCAGCGAUCGACAUGUGGAGUAAAGUCUACUUAUUCUUCCACACAUUCCUCAGUAUUGAUGAGCGAGAACGAUACUUCGAAGGAAGGGCCAAGGCUGCGGAAAAGGAGGGAAACACCCUGAACCAUGCCUUCAUGAAAUGUUGGCAAGCCGAGCAGCUACUAGAAAGAGGCUUACUUGAUGAUGCACUGAAGAUUGUGGGGAAGCUUAUGAAGACGCUGAGAGAAAUGGAGAAGACGAACAAUUCUGAUGGUCUUCAGCUGACCCUGGCAAGGUGCUACUACAUCAAAGGAAGAGUCCUGGAGUAUAGGAAACAACACAAGGACAGUCUAAAGCUUCUAGAAGAUGCCUUGGCUAUAGAGAAGCAGGUCCUGAAGAAUCACACCCUUACAGCAAGAACGCUGAACAUGCUUGGACAUGUCUACUUUAACAUUGAGCAUGAAGAGAGAGCAAAGGUGUAUCAUGAGGAGGCCUACAACAUGCUGAAGAAACUUGUGCGCUCGGAGAAUCAUCCUGAUUUUCCAAACUACCUGACAAACAUUGGGGCGUGCUACCAUCGCCUAGGCAACAAACAUCCCAGUGAAAGUCCCGAGAGCACGGAGAAUUACGAAAGAGCGCUGGAUUACUACGACAAGUCGUACCGCCUACAGGUACGACUGAAGAUGGAGGGGCAUCAGGGCACGGCGACAGUCUUCAAGAACAAAGCCACGACACUUGUGGAGAUGGAGCGGUUUGAAGACGCCAGGCCGCUUGCCGAGAAGGCCCUGAAGAUUCGCAGAAGGAGACACAUCAGAGGCAUGCCUGACCUGGCCCGAGCUCUCUACUUUCUUGGCUCCAUUCACCUGGACCUGGGAAAACAAGCUGCAGAUAGACAGGAUAGAGAUGCUGCCAGAGAACAGUACGAGCUGUGUAAGCGGUACUUUGAUGAGGCAUUAGAUGAGGAGCUGGACCUGGGUGUGAGUCGGCAGAGUGUGGAUUUCCACAGACUACAGAGGGACACGAAGCAAGUACUGAAGAAGCUACACAAGGGGUCAAAGGUGGAACAGAAAUAUGAGCAGAAGUUCCUGAGAGCAGAGACAGGAGGGAGGUACAGGAGAGGUGAGAGUGAUGAGGACUCAUCCUCUGGUAGCAGUGAGCAGAAGAGAUCAGGUGAUGAGGAGGACUCAAGCUCAUCAGAAGGAUCGCCACCUCCUUCUCCAUCCAAGAGGGCAAGGCUAGCAGAGACACCUAGUGGAAAAAAACCUGAACUGCAAGCCGGGGAGCCACCAUCACAACAGGAGGAACCAACACCUGGGUCAUCAGGCGAGGCACAGCCAGAGGAAGGGCAGAAGUCCAGGUGUCAGUUACAGUAGUCUGGUCAAGUCCAGGUGUCAGUUACAGUAGCCUGGUCAACUCAAGCAGUCAGCUACAGUAGCCUGUAAACCAGGCCAUGGUCUAACACUUAUUAGCUGUUACAUGUAUUACACAGUGAAUGCCAAUGUUGACCAAUAAUGUGGACCUUUAAAUGCAUGUAGGAAACUAGAGAAAUAAUGCUAGUUAAUUAGUUUUUUUAGCCUUCUGCAGAGUGCAGUGGAAAGUUGAUUAGAUACGCUUUGAAUUGUGCCCAUUUGUUAUACCAAUGAGAUUUAAACCCCCUUGGUUAUGGUAGUAAAUUAUAGCGAUAAAUUGUGAAAUAGGUUCAUGAUAUCUUUGAAAUGUGUGGAAAAUGAAAAAGAGAGAUUUUAUUCAGAAUGUGAAACAAUAGGGCUUCAUUUGAAAACUUACACUGAGAUCUUACCUGUAGAUUAGAUUAAUGUCUUUAUGUUAAUGCUUGUACAUUCCUUUUUAAGGAGACUAAAUGCUGUAUAAAGGGAUAUGAUUUCUUAACGGUUGUCAAAGUCUAUGUCCCUUUUACCAAAGCCUAACUAUGCACCUUAUUGUCAGAUGUUAUUAGGUAUGAAUAUAAAUUAUGAAGAGCACCAAGUGCAGCCUGUUAUAUGUAUGUAUGUGCCUGUAUGAAUUCUUAACAUUUUAAAAGAAAUAUAUCAAAACUUUGUGAUUUUAAAUCAUCUACAAUAAUGCAAACUGAGAUUAGAAAUAUUUUAUUGGAAAUGACAAAUGAAUUUUACUAUAUAUGAUAAUUAAUUUUAGCAGUGUGAACAGUUUUCAAUCAUUCUAUACCCUUUGGUUUUCUCUGAUAAGUGUAUAAGAUAGGGCAUAUACAUUAGUAUGUAUUUUGAAUCCAUUGUCAACACACUUUCUCUAUUGUAUAGCCCCCAGUUUUAUCAGGUUGGCAUUGUUCUGUUAUUAGAAAUAUUUCACUUGAAUGUAAUGGUUUAUCAUUAUCAUAUUACUCACAUCACUAUUAUGUUAAAAUUUCAGACAAGCUCUCUAUAUUUGGUAUCUUACCAUUUUUGUCAACAUCAUGUCAUCUUUCUAUUCCUUUGAUUUGCAUACAAAAUGCAUGAACGCUCAGUGCACUCUGAAUUAGUGACUCGUCUAUGAAUUAGUGACUACUAUUUUAGAAGUAGUCAAAUGUAUUCUGCUAUGCAUGUUCUAAUGUGAUACAAAUAUACCAUUGUACAUGUAUCAUAAUUCCUAGGCUAUGUCAUGUUAGAAUGAUGGUCACAUUUGAUAUUAAUUUCAUUUUCUAGGUAUAACCAAAUGAUGGAUGUAAAAUGGUUUGAUUCAUAUUUAAACCAUGCUGAUUUGAUUGUAUGGGUGACAUCCUCUGUGAACCCCAAAACAAGCGAGCAAAGAAAAAAAGUUUGGCCAAAAAAUUUGCCUUCAUAUGAGAUCUAAGUGGUCAGGGAUCUUGGAGAAAUGACUAAACACAGUGUGGUAACGCUAGUUUACCUUUAUUCAAAGGGUAACCUAUAUCCGUUGUACCUAAAAACAGGGUAUCUAGGGAUAUAACGUUGAUGAACGAUGUUUUAAAUUUCAUUUGUUUCAAUAUAAUGCAGUUUGAGACCACCGUCUGUGGAUUUGAUAUUCCAAAAUACCCUGGUGCUAAAUACAACGAAUAAAGGUUGCCCGGCGAAUAAAGGUGAACUAGCGUUUUACCGAAUGAUAAAUUCUUCAUUUGUACUUUGAUUUUGAAAUUGACGUUGACAUUGUAUAACAUUAGUAUUAUCCUUUUCUCUAUAUAUUUUUGAAAUACCUGCAGCUGAUUUCUAUAUUACGGUUGGAUUUUUGGGAAAUGAAAAAAAAAAUUGCUGUGUGUGGAUGUUAUCCAUAUACUUGAAUGAACAUGGUGAGUGACUAAUGAUACGAAUGUAAAGACAUUCCUUGAUUGUAUUUUGUAUUGAGUGCAGUGAGUGUGUGUUUGUUUAGCCAAUAUUCGGCAUAUUAUCUUGACAUCCAAGCAAAGUUCAAGUUUGAAUUACAGUCUAGUGGUUUUCUCUAACAGUGUUCGUUAUGCUCUACUUUGGUGUACGGACAAAUGUGAGAAUAGCUUUCGAACAAUGUCUGACAUCUUAUUGCAUUAUGAUUUUGUACAAUGAAACAAAAAGAUUGAAUUGUC